AUGCUCCUAUCAUAUCCCUUGGCUGGCCUUCUCAAAAGAGUCCCUGAUUCCAAACCUUGGCAAAAGAAUCUCUUCAGCAUCAGUAUCUCAGUAUUUUAUCUUGUCGGCCUCUUCGACCUGUGGGAUGGCGCCUUGACGAUUUUCAUAAGCUCUGCCGGCACAUACUGCAUCGCCAAAUAUCUCCGAUCGAGCGCAUAUAUGCCAUGGAUUGGUUUUGCUUUUGUGAUGGGGCACAUGUCAUUCAGCCAUAUCUCGCGGCAAAUUGCUAAUAACCCUUCCAUGGUUGAUAUUACAGGUGCCCAGAUGGUUAUGGUGAUGAAGCUCAGUGCCUUCUGCUGGAACGUUGCCGAUGGCCGUCUGCCCGAUGAAGAACUGUCUGAUUUUCAGCGCGAUCGAAUGCUACGCGAGCUUCCGGGCUUGCUUGACUUUGCCGGCUAUGUGCUCUUCUUUCCCUCUCUGCUGGCUGGUCCCGCAUUCGACUACGCCGAAUACCGACGCUGGGUCGAUACCACCAUGUUCGAUCUACCAGCGCAAGUCGACCCAUCAAAGAAACCCCCUGUGCGGAAGAAGAGAAGGAUUCCCCGCAGCGGAACUCCUGCUGUAUGGAAGGGUGCUUCUGGUCUAGUGUGGCUUCUGCUCUUCCUCACACUCUCCGGACCGUACGGCCAUGACCAACUCUUGUCCGAUUCCUACAUGACUUACAAUAUCCUCCGCCGUGUCUGGAUCCUAUAUUUAACCAACCUAGUUGCUCGUUUCAAGUAUUACGGAGUUUGGUCGCUCACGGAAGGCUCUUGCAUUCUCGCUGGGCUGGGAUACAAUGGCGUCGAUCCUAUUACAGGCAAAGUCUCGUGGAAUCGCCUUCGGAACAUUGACCCAUGGGCAGUCGAAACUGCACAGAAUGCCAGGUCGUAUCUUGGCGGCUGGAAUAUAAAUACAAACAACUGGCUACGCAAUUACGUGUAUCUGCGAGUUACACCCAAGGGCAAAAAGCCUGGUUUCCGAGCCAGCAUGCUUACUUUCGGGACCAGCGCGCUGUGGCAUGGCUUCUACCCAGGAUAUUACUUAACCUUCCUCUUCGCCAGUCUGGUUCAAACAGCUGCUAAGCACUUCCGCAGACACGUCCGGCCUUUCUUCCUUGACCCUUUGUCCGGCAAGCCUUCAUCAAAAAAGAAAUACUAUGACAUCGCGACGUAUUUCGGUACCCAGCUAACAUUCUCCUUCGCCACAACUCCAUUCCUCAUCCUUCGACUUGGCGACUGUCUUCGAGUCUGGGCCCGUGUGUAUUUUUACGCACUGGUCUGGAUAGUGGGAGUUUUGGCAUUCUUCUCUUCUCCCGGUAAGGCUAUGCUAGGGAAGCAGCUCGAGAAGCGCCAAGGAAAGGCCAACAAGAGGCUGGUUCGGACUAUCAGUUCUGAGAGUCUUUCUGGCGGUCAACCUGUGUUGGGUAUCUCCAAAGACCCUGAAGGCGAUCUUGUCGAGGCGAUCGAGGAGUUCAGAGCCGAGGUUGAAAGGAAGAUGGCUGAAGAGUUGCAAAAGCAAAAGGAGAAGCAAAAAUAA